AUGACUCAAAAUGACACCAUUGUGGAAAUGUUUGAUAUUUCCUUCAAGCAGGAAGACGUGGAUAGUCUUCAAAAACCCAAUUGGUUUACCGACGUGUCACUCGAUUAUGUCGAUGCACUAAUCGAAAAUCUAUGGUAUCCCUUAUACCCAACUCAAGCCAAAGGAAUUUUGCUUUUGAGACCUUCCCUUGUCUUUUUGCUUGCUGAGGCUCCGGCAUCACUCGAAGAGCUCAAGUCCGCUCUUCCACCAAACCUUUUGUCCUGCAAUUACAUAUUUAUGCCUAUCAAUGACAUGGACAAAUAUGAUGCUGGAACAGGAGGCACUCAUUGGUCGCUUAUGGCUGUCAGCGUGCCAGAUUCCCAAUGUUAUUAUUAUGAUUCCAUGAGCAAUGGAAAAACAAAGGAUUGCUACAGCGCGCUGAAUCGGAUUUCCAAGCUCUUUCAAAAAGAUUUUACAAUCGAGUCUAUGCCUGUACAGCAACAGCGAAAUGGUUAUGACUGUGGUGUCUAUAGCGCUGCUUUCACCCUGGAACUCGUGCGUCGUUUAUUAAAAUCUCCCAUGCCUACAAGUUCUUUGUGGAAGCUUGAUAAUUUUGAUCCCGACCUCUCUGUCAUUCGUGGUAGAUUGAGUACUUGCUUGGACCAUAUUGUAAAGCAUUACGGCACAAGAGUCAAUAGUAUUGAUCACCAAAUCUUUCCUACGAAUGAAGCUUUUUUUUAUAUCCAACAAGAACUUCCUACCGCGAGUAACAGAUCCCCCUCCGUAAAGGAACAUGAUGAGUUCGAAGAUGCUCAACUAGCUCCUCCUUCCUCGGUAAAGGAUCAUCUUGUUGAUGAACAAGCUAAUGCUGAUGCUUCGGUCAACUCAAAAGAGGAUGUGCCUGAAAAGCAUCAUAAUCAUCACCAUCACCACCAUCGUAGUUACCAUUAUGAAGAAGACGAAGCCAAUGACUUAAACCACCCUCACGAGCAACUUCAAACUUCACCUAUUAAGGAUCCAUUAGGAACACCCGAGCUUGCCCAAAGUGCCGAUUCUAACAACCCCUUUGCUUCCUAA